AACGGGAGUCCCGAGAGCAUGAGGAGCCAACCACGUCAGAGAUGACAGAAGAGACCUACCCACCCAAGUCCUACCGGCCCAAGCAUGGGCGCCUCUCCGAGCUCAAGGCUGAGGCCCUGAAGAAGGACCGCCGGAAGAAGCUGACCCUGGCCAAGUUCGUGGGCAUGGCAGAGAACACGGCGCACCCCCGCGUCGUCAUCCCCGAACUCCGGCAGGAGUUCGAGCUGGGCCCCUGCCGCAGACACAUGGAGGCGUCCCUGCAGGAGCUCAAGAGCAGCCAGCGAAUGGUCCCCCGUGCCGUCCACCUCCCCAACUGCGACCGAAAGGGCUUCUACAAGAGGAAGCAGUGCAAGCCCUCCCGAGGCCGGAAGCGUGGGUUGUGUUGGUGCGUGGAUAAAUACGGCAUGAAGCUGCCGGGGACUGACUACCUGAGCGGAGACCUGCAGUGCCAUGCAUUCGACAGCAGCAACGUGGAGUGAAGUCACAUCCCCCCCCUCUGCCCCAUCACUACCUACCCAGGCUCCCUUCCACCCUCCCCUCUGCACCUCCCCGUGCCCCGGGACUCCGAUUCCUUUCAUCUCAUGUAAGAAGGAAAAAAAGAAAGGAAAAGAAAAAAGAGAAAGGAAGGAAAAAGGAAAAAAGAGAAAGGGAAAA